GCGUCGGCCGCUGCCAGGCUGCACGUGCGCGAGGUACCCAUCUUGCAGUUAGCUGCGGAGUGCGACGCCUUCUGCGCAGUUUCCUUCCUUGUCUGCACAGUGUAGUAGUCAGUGAAGCGGCCCUGAGGUCCAGAUGCCACUAAAGAGUCAAAUUGUAAGGCGGGGUUGUUUCUUCCUUACCAUCGUUAAUGUGUCUGCGAGCCCAGCCUAUCCCCAGACACCUCCAGCUAAGCCUCACUGCCUUCCGUCACUGUGAAACUGAGUCUCCCACACAGGUCCCUUGUAUUGCAGAACCCGAGGCCUGUGAUCAGAUGUACGAGAGCUUAGCACGACUGCAUUCAAACUACUACAAGCACAAGUACCCUCGCCCCAGAGACACCAGCUUCAGUGGCCUGUCCGUGGAAGAGUACAAGCUGAUCCUGUCCACAGACACUUUGGAAGAGUUCCAAGAGAUGAAUAAGAGCAUGUGGAAGAAACUGCAGGAGAAGUUUGCGCCCACCAGGCCUGAGGAGAAGCACAAGGCCUGGACUCGGGUCCUGUCCCGCCCACGGACCUGACCGUGGGGUCUGAUACUCAUCAAUAAAACUGCCUGGUUUCUCCCAC